UUCCCCUGUGCGGCCGAGCCGCCGCCAGGAGAGAGCGGCCGGGGGGAACCGGAGCGGGACCAGUACUCGAAAAGAACCGGAACCCGGACCAGGGAGCUCGGAGCGCCUCGGGUUGCGCUGGGCGCGGGAAAAGCCGGUAAUGCCCCACUUCCGGUUCCACUCCCAGUCCUCCAAAACCAACGAGUGGCGUGGGUAGACAAACCCCGGCAACAGGAGCCACUUCCUGUCAUAUUGGGCGGAAGAGGCGGUGCCUCAACCGGAAGGCGGAAGUUCCGCGGCCUUUCCCGUCUGUGGCGGAGCCGCCGCCGGGCGAGCGCGGCCCGGGAGGAACCGGAGGGAACCGAGAGGAACCGGGAGGAACCGAGCGGGGCACCGAGCAGGACCCGGGCGACACCCAGCGAGCACCGAGCGGCUCUUCUGGCACCCUGAGAGCGCGGGGGGACCGCGGCGGCGAGGCCCGGUGAGGAGGCCCGGUAAAGCCUAGCGGGUUCCGGUGAGGCCUAGCGGGGCCCGGUGAGGCCUAGCGGGGCCCGGGCCGGGCCGGGGGGGCUGAACCGAGCGGAGGAGGAGGAAGAGGAGAGGAGGAGGAGGAGGAAGGCGCCCCCCGGGCAUGGCGGCGCCGCUGGCGCUGGGCGGCCCCGGUUCCCUGCGGCCGGACCCGGUGGAGACGCUGCAGGAGGAGGCGAUCUGCGCCAUCUGCCUCGAUUACUUCGCCGACCCGGUGUCCAUCGGCUGCGGGCACAACUUCUGCCGCGGCUGCAUCUCCCGCCUCUGGGCCCGCGGCGGCGGCGGAGCCGAACCCGGCCCGGAGCGCUCCGAGCUCGAGGAGGAGGAGGAGGAGGAGGAGGAGGAAGAAGAGGAGGAAGAGCUGGAGGAAGACGAGCUGGAUGUAGAGCACGAGGAGGAGGAGGAGGACGGCGUGGAGGAGGAGGAGGAGGAGGACGACAUGUGGGAGGAAGAGGAGGAGGAGGAUGAGGAGGAGGAAGGCGAGCUGUGGGGAGACCCCGCCGAGGACGAGGAGGAGGAGGAUGAGGACGAAGGCGGCGCCGCCUGGGCCGAGGGCGCGGAGGGCAGCGGGCUCUACUUGGGCUACGACGAGGACGCCAUGGAGGAGGACGUGGAGGAGGAGGAGGAGGCGGAGGAUGAGGAGGAGGAGGACGACGAGGACGAGGAUGACGACGCCGAGGAAGGCCCCGCCGCCUUCACGUGCCCGCAGUGCCGCAAGUCGUUCUCGCAGCGCAGCUUCCGGCCCAACCUGCAGCUGGCCAACAUGGUGCACAUCAUCCGCCAGCUGCACCCGGGCCCCGGCGGCACCGGCACCGCCGGAACCGGAACCGCCGGAACCACCGGCACCGCCCCCGAGCCCGGCCCCGCGCCCGGCGGGCCCCCCGAGCUCUGCCCCAAGCACCGCGAGCCCCUCAAGCUCUUCUGCGAGCAGGACCUGGCGCCGAUCUGCGUGGUGUGCCGGGAGGCGCGGGGGCACAAGCAGCACAGCGUGCUGCCCCUCGACGAGGCGCUCCAGGAGUGUAAGACCAAGCUCCAGAGCCACCUGGAGCCCCUGCGCCGGCAGCUGGACGCGGUGCUGAAGCAGAAAUCCAGCGAGGAGGAGAAAAUCUCCCUGCUCAGGGAGCAGAUGCAGGCGGAGAUGCAGGAGCUGGAGGCCGAUUUCGAGGAGCUGCAGCGCUUCCUGGCCGGGGAGCAGCUGCUGCUGCUGCGGCAGCUGCAGGAGCGGCACCAGGCGCUGCAGGCGCGGCAGCAGCGCAACCUGGGCGCGCUGGAGGAGCGGGGGGCGGCCCUGCAGCGCCUGAUCAGCGAGGCCGAGGCUGCGGGGAGGCAGGACGGGCUGCAGCUGCUCAAGGACAUCAAAGGCACCUUCAUCAGGUGUGAGAACAUCAAAUUCCAGGAGCCCGAGAUGAUCCCGGUGGACGUGGGGAGGAGGUUCAGGAAUUGUUUCCUGCAGGACGUGGUGAUGAGGAAGAUGGAAAAGGUCUUCAGCAAAGUGCCUCAAGCCGACGUGACCCUGGACCCCUCGACGGCGCACCCGCGGCUCAGCCUGUCCCCGGACCGGCGCAGCGUCCGUCUGUCCGAGCGGCGCGCGGAGCCCGCGGACGGGGCGCGGCCGCCUCGCCCGGACGGCGCCGCCGGCACCGAUCUGUGCGUGCUGGGCUCGCCCGGCUUCACCGCCGGCCGCCACUACUGGGAGGUGGAGGUGGGCGGGCGCCGGGGCUGGGCCGUGGGCGCCGCCCGCGAGAGCGCCCGCGCGCGGCCCCAGGGCGCCCACGGCCCAGCCCCGGCGCCCUGGCGCGAGAUCUGGGCGCUGGGCACGUCGGGCAAGAAGUACCAGGCGCUGACGGCCACGGAGCAGACGGCGCUGGCGCCCGCCGAGCAGCCGCGCAGAUUCGGGGUCUACCUGGACUACGAGCGGGGCCAGCUGUGCUUCUACAACGCCGAGAGCAUGAGCCACAUCCACACCUUCCACAUCUGCUGCUGCCGCCAGCGCGUCUUCCCCUUCUUCCGCGUGCUGGCCCGCGGCACGCGCAUCAAGAUCUGCACCUGAUGGUCGGGGGCAAAAAUGGGGGGAAAUGGACUCUGUGCAGGUGUUUGGGUCCUGAGGUUCUUCUUCUUCUUCCUUGUCUUCAUCCUCCUCCUCUUCCGCGUGCUGGCCCGCGGCACGCGCAUCAAGAUCUGCACCUGAUGGUCGGGGUGGAAAAUGGGGGAAAUGGACUCUGGUUUGUGCAGGUGUUUGGGUCCUGAGGUUCUUCUUCCUUGUCUUCAUCUUCCCCUUCUUCCGCGUGCUGGCCCGCGGCACGCGCAUCAAGAUCUGCACCUGAUGGUCGGGGGCAAAAAUGGGGGGAAUGGACUCAGUUUGUGCAGGUGUUUGGGUCCUGAGGUUCUUCUUCAUCCUCCUCCUCUUCCUCUUCGGCGCGCGCAUCCAGAUCUGCACCCAAUGGUCUGGGUGGAAAAUGGGGGGAAAUGGACUCAGUUUGUGCAGGUGUUUGGGUCCUGAGGUUCUUCUUCAAUCCUCCUCCUCUUCCUCUUCGGUGUGCGCAUCCAGAUCUGCACCUGAUGGUCGGGGUGGAAAAUGGGGGAAUGGACUCUGGUUUGUGCAGGUGUUUGGGUCCUGAGGUUCCUGAUCUUCUUCCUUGUCUUCAUCGUCCCCUUCUUCAAGAUCUGCACCUGAUGGCCGGGGGCAAAUCUGGGGGGGAAUGGACUCUGUGCAGGUGUUUGGGUCUUGAGGUUCAUCUUCCUCUUCUUCAUCCUCCUCCUCUUCCUCUUCGGCACGCACAUCAAGAUCUGCACCUGAUGGCCGGGGGCAAAAAUGGGGGGGAAUGGACUCAGUUUGUGCAGGUGUUUGGGUCCUGAGGUUCUUGAUCUUCUUCUACUUUUCCCUUCUCUUCUUCCUCCUCAUCUUCAUCAUCCGGCACCGGCGCCACGGAGCUGGGGCAGCUCGAGGUGGGGAAGAGCCUUGGAAUUGGGUUUUGGGUUAAAAAGGGGAGAAACGGCUCCUUUGGAACUGGUUUUGGGUAAAAAUGGGGUAAGAUCCUCCCUUUGGAACUGG